AAGGGGUGCAUAUUCUCUCCCACGCUUCCACAGUUUCCCCAAACCAUUGAAUCAAAUCAAACACAUUCCAUUCCAUGCCCAAACCCCAAAUCUCUAAAACAUGGUAGCGGAGACAAACGCUCCCGUUACCCUCACCGUUAACAACGACGGCGAACAAACCGCCGCCUUAAUAUUCACCUACGGCACAUUAAAGAAAAACUUCUCCAAUCACAUCCUUCUCCAAGACCUAAUCGACACCGGCGACGCUUCUUUCAUCGGAACCUACCGCACCGUACAAAAUUACCCUCUCGUAUGUGGUCCCUAUCGUGUUCCUUUCCUCCUCAAUUUACCCGGGUCGGGUCAAACCGUUUACGGCGAACUCUACUCUGUUUCUCCUCUCGGACUUUUAAGGAUGGAUGAACUUGAGGGAACCUCACGCGCUCACUACGAGCGUCUGCCAAUUAAGGUCGUUCCUGUGAUCGGCGAGGGGGGAAAUGAAGCUGGUGACGUGGAUAUGGAGAUAACGUGCGCUGAGGCGUAUUAUGCGCAUGGUAGCUAUGCGAUGGAGAUGUGGAAGAAGAAUGAGAAAAGAGGGUUGAAGUGUUAUACGGAGAAAGAAACGAUUGGGUAUGUGAAGCGUAAAGAUAGGCCUCAACAUUUGACUUUUCUCGAUCAUAUUCGUUUGUUUCUUCAAGAUUGAAUCAUUCAAUUCGUCUCUGUUUUUUAUUUUUUUUUUUAUUUUCUAUUCUUCUUGCCACACAAAAUAAAAUAAAGAUUAUUUGAAUAGGAAUGGGGUUUUAGUGUUUAAUUAGGGUUUGUCAUAGAUGGUGGUUGUUGGGAUUUUGGAUGUUAAGUGAUUCUGUUCUGGUUGGUUUCAAGAUUUUCUUUAUGGAAGAAAACAGUUAUUUGCUCUUUGUAUAUUUCAGAGUGUGUUCAUCCAAAGAUAACAAUUUGAAGCUGGUUAUUUCAAUUUCUUUUAAAUUUAAAUUUGUAUUCAAAUCUAGACUCUUUGAUUUCGAGAUGCUAUGAAUCUCUGAUGACCGCAUGUGUAAAAUUGUAUUACUGCAUGCAAUAAUUGAAUGUAUCAAAAUUAUAAAUAAAAAAAUGAAUGUGUUUUUUUAA